CCGUGGCCGUUACGGAGGAGGUAACCGGCGCGCAACCAGUAGUGUCUUAACCGCGGCGUAUUGUUAUACGCGGAUAUAGCUGGUGUGGGUACCGGCGAUAGUGCGCGAUAUACCGUCCACUACGUCUCCAGUUAGGCGCGUACCGCCCGGCCGCACGGUGUACCGUUAUAUUAUUAUUAUUGUCGUACCGACCGACCGCGUACAGCGACUAUAAUAUACGAUUAUAAUACAGUACUAUAACAACGAUAACGACUAAAAUAAUUAUCGUUGUAUAGCGUCGCCUCGUUCAGUUCUAUAGUGCCAUAUUGUCGGGUCGUCGUCGCGAUCGCGCGAGUUCCGUCCGCGUCGAUUUUUUUUAGCGUUGCGAGUUUUGGAUUUUGGAUUUUUUUUUUUUCUUUUACCUACGAGUUUCGCGCGCGCGCCCGCUACGGUGGUAUGCGCCGACACUGUCGCCACUGCAGGACGAAGUGAUGUUAUCGAUGAACAGACCUAUUAUCUAUCAGACGGCAAACAUGGGAAUGCACAACAACACGUGCGGCGGCGGUGCGGUCAACGGCGGCGUCGGCGGCGGCGGCGACAUGAUGUCGUACGCCACGCACACGCCGGCCGCGGCCGACGAUUAUUACGGCGGCGCCAGCGGACUGGUGGCCGACUACGAUCUUCCGCAAUGUCUGGGCGGCCGGCCGCCACUCGAACCGGCGUACGCGGCCGAGUGCUACUACGAGAAGAACGCGUCGGCGGCCGAUUACCGUUCGUAUUACGGCGGCGACGGUGCUUACGAUCAGCUGGCGGCCGACGUCGGCGGCGGCGGCGGCGGCGGUUACCAUGCCCAUCACCAACACCACCACCAUCACCACCAGCACCACCACCACCAACACGGCCAUCACAAUCACCAACACCCGUUGCAGUCGGCCGAAGCGGCCGUCAUCAUCACGUCGUCCGACGGUCUGAGCUACACAAACUUGGACUGUAACGGCAUCGCGGCCGCCGUACACGGACAAGAGUACGGCGCGUACUCGGACGACGGCGGUGGCGGCGGCGGCGGCGGCGGCGGCUACAAUAACGGUUACGGCGGCCAUCACCAUCGGGACGAGAACGGUGUCCGCAACGAGUCGUAUUGUGGUGGCGGCGGCGGUGCGUCCGUGGACAACGCCUUCUUCAACAUGCACCUGAACCACAACAACGAUCACUCGGCCGCCGGACGGCCGGCGGUGCAGCAGCCGCGGCCGCCGUCCGCGCAACCUCCGCCGGCACCGGUUCAGCCGUCCGCUCAGACUGCGGCCGCCGUGGCCGCGGUGCCGCUACAACUACAGGCGACGCCGACGUCCGGCGACGAUCGGUGUACGCGCGUCAUCAAACAGGAGGCGUCCUCCGGCGGUCAGUGUUACGGUGGCCGGGACGGCACGUCGCCGUACAGCGACGACGCGUCUGCGUACCGCGCCACGUUGAUCGCCGGCCAACCGCAGCAACACGUCCAACAACAGCAACAUCACCACCACAUUCAUCACCAGCAGCAACAGCAACAGCAGCAUCACCAGCACCACCAAACGCAGCAGCAGCAGCAGCAGCAGCAGCAGCAGCAACAACACUGUGGCCGGCAAAACAGCGGUGGCCAGCAGAAGCACGGUGCCGCCGCCGUCGCAGCCUCGUCGGCCGUCCAGACUGCCGUGCCCACUUACAAGUGGAUGCAAGUCAAACGAAAUGUUCCUAAACCGGCCGUGAUAAAAACCGAAUACCAUCACCAUCACCAUCAACACCAAAUGCAGGCGGCCAACCCGGCGGCGGUGGCGUUCGGCGGCACUCAGUCCAUGAUGUCGGCGGCCGGUCACCACCAAGGCCUGCAGAUGUCGGCGGCGGACUCGGCCCGCGUCGGCGGUGGACAGCAGCAACAACAGCAAUUGCAGAACAUGUUGAACCAGUCGUCGGUUUCCGUGACCCGUUCGCAGGCGAUCGGCGGCGGCGGCGGUAGUGGCGGUGCCGGUGGAGGCUGCGGCGGAAACAGCGCGGCCAUGAUGCUGAUGAACAACACCGGCCGGACCAACUUCACCAACAAGCAGCUCACCGAGCUGGAGAAGGAGUUCCACUUCAACCGGUACCUGACCCGGGCCCGGCGGAUCGAGAUCGCGUCCGCGCUGCAGCUUAACGAGACCCAGGUGAAGAUAUGGUUUCAGAACCGGCGGAUGAAACAGAAGAAACGGCAGCGGGAGGGAUUGCUGCCGGUGGCCCAGCAACAGCACCACCUGCAGCAGCAACAGCAACAGCAACAGGAGACCAUGCACCUGAGCGGCGCGAGCAGCACCAGCAACUCACCGACCGCGUCCGCGAACGCGUAAUGCCCUCCCCCCCCUUGAGCGCGCGAUCCAGUGACCCGCGAAUAUUAUAGUAUUAUGUACGCGCGUGACCCGGCGGCGCAAGUUAUACCUCCUUUACCCAUAUUAUAAUAUAAUAUAAUAUUAUACUCUAACAACCCUUUGACGAUCGUUUUUAAUUUUUUUUUUAACGUCACGCCGACGGAAUUUUAUCGUAAAAUUUGCUCGUCGAAGGGUUGACGACGGUAGAUCGAAUUGUGCGAACGACUGCGCUGUUGUGAUCCCGAUUGUGAAACGUACGCGAUCAUUAUUUAAUUAUUGAGUAGACAUCUAUCCUGCGUAGACGUCGUCGACCGACAUCGAUCACGUCCUUUGAUUAUUGUACCGUACAACGACUCUAACGCAGAAGGUACACGAUAGGUACGCAUAUUUUUAUCGAUCCGAUUCUGUGUCCCGUAUAUUAUAUUAGUGUCGUUACUGAUGGGUUUAAUCUGAUCACGAUUUAAAAUUGCCUGAAAUUUCUUGAAACGUAUAAUUAUGCAAUAAAAAUAAGCCUCGUAGUGAAACAGUUGUGUUUUAUAUGACUGGAUUUGAGCGGUAAAUCAAACACAUCACGAGGUAUACUAAUCAUUGUUAAAAAAAAAAUAAGUUAAACAACUAUUUUUGAACUACUAUCUAUUAAUAAAAGCGGAUUAAAAUUAAAAACAAAAUAUCUUCAAUUCCAAAACCUAAUACUGAUAUCGAUUCAAAAGUAUAUAUUAUUUUUUUAAAGUAUGCCAAACAGUCACAAAACUUAUGAAAACAUAACUAAAAUAUUAAAAAUAACCUAAAAUAUUUCUAUUGUGUUGCUAUAAUAUGUUAUACAUAUUUUUACCAACAGGCAUAUUAAUUGAGCUACACUUCGUGACACUUUAUAAAAACACACAAGAGUACUAGUAAAUUCGUUCACCGUAUAUAUUAUUCAUUAUAUCGAAUAAAUUGAAUGUAUAUAUUGUUAUGUAUAAUAUUAUGUGGUAUUAAUUAAAUUAUUUCAGUAUGGAAAAUAAUAAAUACAUUUAUCACUUUAAGAACCACAAUAACGAGAUUAGGUACUUGAAAAAAUUAUAAAAAUUUAAUUUUAAUAAUAACUAUUAUUGUAUAGUAUAUACCGUAUUAUAUCGUGUAAAAAUAAUAUAUUACCAUAUUUCACAAUCGGCCAUCAAAACGCGCUUUUUAACAACUAAUCUGUUAUUGUAUGAUGGCGGUCGCGUUUUCGUUUAGUUCCUAUAUUAUAAUAUUUGUAUUAUUAUUAUCAUUAUUAUUAUUAUUAUUAUUAUUAUUAUUAUUAUAUUUAUAUUACAUAAAUUAUAAUAUGACUUAUUACGUGUUUAAUUAUGUAUACAUAUAUAUUACAUAUGUAAAGACUGUACAGUACAGUAUAUACAAUUAUGCCUAUGACAUUGCACGUAUACCUAUCUGAACAAUUUUAAAUUUUAAUCCUAUAACACUUAGGGUUUUCAACCUAUGCGUCGAGGCUUCCAAGGCUCCGCUGCGGUUAUAGUCAAUAACCCGAAUCCGCGGUAAAUAAUGUAGAAUUGUUUAUUUUAUUAUUAUCACCGUUCGUAUGAUUAUUGUUUAAAUUACAUAUUAUUUUCAAAAAGGGCAAAAGGCGUGGACGCACAGAGAUUGAAAACCCCUGCCAUACACAAUAUCCUCCAGUACAGUUUUUAAUUUGCAUGAUAAAUUAUAAUAUAGUGCGUAUUCGUCAAAUGUUUAACCUACUCGUACGAUAAAUGGCAUAUUAUAGGUAAAAAUGCGUUUAUUAUAUUUAUUACUGUACCACAUGAUUUCGAAAUGCAUACUUCUUUUCUUAUUGGAUUUAUUGAGAUCGAAAUUGAAAAAUAUUAAUUAAUCGACAAUAUCGUGUACGGACAAAAUAUUUUUAAAAUAUGUUAACUCUAUACAUUCGUAGUGUGAAAGUAUCUAUUCAAAUAUCGUUUAAUAAUUAUAUUAAGUAUGUACAACGGGGUAUUAGAACACGAUUUCGAAUAAUAAUAAUGUGUAAUUCCGUUCGUGUUAUGAUUGAUAAAAUACCUAUAUUAUAUAUUAAAUGUGUUGUACUAUUUGUAGUGGACGAUAUGUAUAUUAUAAAAUAAAAAUAAAACAAACAAACCAUUA